CCAUUCACUGCAGAAACACAUGUUGUUCAGAUCAGAGAUCAAACUAGUUUAAUUUAUAAAGAAGUGAAACUCAGACAGUCGUUGUGACUGAGAGGUGAAAUGGCGCAGAAAGGAGUUCAGCUGGACCGAGAAACCUUCUCUUGUUCAAUCUGUCUGGAUCUACUGAAGGAUCCGGUGGCUAUUCCCUGUGGACACAGCUACUGCAUGAACUGUAUUAAAAGCUUCUGGGAUGAAGACAAGGAGAAGGAAAUCCACAGCUGCCCUCAGUGUAGACAGACCUUCACACCGAGGCCUGUCCUGGUGAAAAACACCAUGUUAGCAGUUUUACUGGAGGAACUGAAGAAGACUGGACUCCAAGCUGCUCCUGCUGAUCUCUGCUAUGCUGGACCUGAAGAUGUGUCCUGUGAUAUCUGCACUGGGAGAAAACUGAAAGCCUUCAAGUCCUGUCUGGUCUGUCUGAUCUCAUUCUGUGAGAAACACCUCCAGCCUCACUUUGAAUCACCUGCCUAUGAAAAACACAAGCUGGUGGACCCCUCCAAGAAGCUCCAGGAGAACAUCUGUUCUCGUCAUGAUGAGGUGAUGAAGAUGUUCUGCCGUACUGAUCAGCAGUGUAUCUGUUAUCUCUGCUCUGUGGAUGAACAUAAAGGCCACGACACAGUCUCAGCUGCAGCAGAAAGGACUGAGAGGCAGAGAGAGCUUGAGGUGAGUCGACAAAACAUCCAGCAGAGAAUCCUGGAAAGAGAGAAAGAUGUGAAGGAGCUUCAACAGCAGGUGGAGGAUAUCAAUCGCUCUGCUGAUAAAGCAGUGGAGGACAGUGAGAAGAUCUUCACUGAGCUGAUCAGUCUGAUCCAGAAAAGAAGCUCUGAUGUGAAGCAGCAGGUCAGAUCCCAGCAGGAAACUGAAGUGAGUCGAGUCAAAGAGCUUCAGGAGAAGAUGGAGCAGGAGAUCACUGAGUUGAAGAGGAAAGAGGCUGAGAUGAAGAAGCUGUCACACACAGAGGACCACAACCAGUUUCUACACAACUACCCCUCACUGUCAGCACUCAGUGAAUCUACAUCCAGCAUCAAUAUCCGUCCUCUGAGGUACUUUGAGGAUGUGACAGCGGCUGUUUCAGAGCUCAGAGAUAAACUACAGGACGUUCUGAGAGAGAAAUGGACAAACGUCUCACUGACAAUGACUGAAGUGGAUGUUUUACUGCCACAACCAGAGCCCAAGACCAGAGCUGAUUUCUUAAGAUAUUCACGUGAAAUCACACUGGAUCCAAACACAGCAAACAUAUAUUUGUUAUUAUCUGAGGGGAACAGAAAAGCAACGUUAAUGAGUCAACAACAGUCUUAUUCUAGUCACCCAGACAGAUUCACUGUGUAUUAUCAGGUCCUGAGUAGAGAGAGUCUGACUGGACGUUGUUACUGGGAGGUGGAGUGGAGAGGGGAUGGGGUUCAUGUAGCAGUCGCAUACAAAAAUAUCAGCUGUCCAGGGAGCUUGAGUACAUGUGAAUUUGGAGUCAAUUGCAAAACUUGGAUGUUAGAUUGUCACAAAACCAGUUAUAAAUUUAAACACAACAAUGUCCAAACUCCAGUCUCAGGUCCGCUGUCCUCCAGAGUUGGAGUGUAUCUGGAUCACAGUGCAGGUAUUCUGUCCUUCUACAGCAUCUCUGAAACCAUGACUCUCCUCCACAGAGUCCAGACCACAUUCACUCAGCCUCUCUAUGCUGGACUUAGGCUUUACUACACUUAUGGAGACAUUGCUGAAUUCUGUAAACUCAAAUAGACAUUUGACAGUCAUUUAAGGGAGAGUGGGUUGAAUUGUAUUUUAAUGCUCAAAGUUAUUUUGUCUUCAUGUUUGUUGCUGAGGGCUGAUUGAUCACCUGUCACCUGAACUGACAUUUUUCUGCAUGACAAUGUAAUCUUCUCUUUGCUCUUUGUUUGCUGAAUAUGUGUAUCAAUGAAAUGAUCUGUAUGAUCUUUAGAUAGGUUGUAGAUGUUCUGUUUUAAUCACCUCAUUGCCUUUAUGAGAAUGUAUAGCAGCUGAUGAGUGACAGGAAAGCGGGGAGAGAGAGGGGGGAUGACAUGCAGCAAAAAAACACAAGUUGGAAUCAAACCCAGGCCACUGUAGUAAAGCCUCAAAGACACUGAUAAUUACAUUUACUUUUAUUUGCCUGGUUGACCAAAUGUUGUUUCUGUUGUUCUUUUACAUAGAUCAUAUUCUGUUGAUUGUGAAUCAUUGAACAAGAGUCAGUUAGCAGACUUUACUGAUUUACAAACUGAAGGUUUACAUAAUCAAUAAACGUACAAGAACAAAGUA